CCACGCGCGAUGGCAACGACGCGCGCGGCGCCGCCGCCCUCCCUCGCUCGUCGUCAUCGCGCCCUCCGCGACGACCACCUCGCGCGCGCGCGCCCCUCGUCGUCGACGUCGACGCUCGGACGCCGCCGCGAUCGCGCCGUCUCCGCGACUACGCGCGCGUACGUCCCCACCGAUCGCGUCUCGGAGCUGCAGUCCGAGGGCGCGUACGCGGUCCUCGCCGCCGCGCAAGCGCUCGAGCGCGAGGGUCGCGACAUCGUCCACCUCGAGAUCGGCCAGCCCGGGUUCCCGACGCCGUCGCACGUCGCGCGCGCGGGGAUCGACGCGAUCGACGCGGGGAAGACAAAGUACAGCUCCCCGGACGGCAUUCCGACGCUCAAGGAGUCCAUCGCUCGGUACGUCUCGCGGACGCGCGGUCUCGACGACGACGCCGUCUCCCCGGACGAGGUCGUCGUCGGCCCGGGCGCGAAGCCCGGGCUGUUCUUCCCCGCGCUCGCGGUGAUCUCCCCGGGGGACGAGGUGAUGUACCCGGACCCCGGGUUUCCGACGUACAAGGCGAUGAUUCAAGUCGCGGGGGGGGUCCCGGUGCCGGUGCCGCUCCGCGCGGACGGCGCGUCGUUCGACAUGGACGCGUUCAGGGCGAAGAUGAGCCCCAAGACGAAGCUCGUGGUCCUGAACUCGCCCGCGAACCCGACGGGCGGGGUGAUGCCCGCGGAGGACGUCGAAGCGGUCGCGGCGGCGGCGAAGGAAAACGACGCGUGGGUGCUCAGCGACGAGAUCUACAGCCGGCUCGUGUACGGCGACGGGGAGGACGACACGGGUAACGCUACGGCGUCGAGCGUUUUCAACAUCCCCGGGAUGCGAGACCGGACGAUACUCGUCGACGGCUUCAGCAAGACGUACUGCAUGACCGGGUGGCGGUUGGGGUGGGCGGUGAUGCCCGCGGCGCUGGCGAAAAAAGUCGAGCUCCUCCUCGUGCACUCCGUGGGGUGCACGGCGACGUUCACGCAAGAGGCGGGGAUCGCCGCGCUGGAGGGGCCGCAAGACGGCGUCCUCGAGAUGGUGGACGAGUAUCGGCGACGCAGAGAUUUCGUCGUCGGCGCGCUGAACGAGAUUCCCGGGGUGGAGUGCCCCACCCCGGCUGGGGCGUUUUACGCGUUUCCCGACGUGAGCGCGUUCGGGAAGAGUUCGAAGGAAAUCGCGGACCUGCUCCUCGCCGAGGGCGGCGUCGCGGUGCUGCCCGGGACGGAUUUCGGCGCGAACGGCGAGGGAAAGAUUCGGUUGAGCUACGUCGGGGACAUGGAGACUCUGCGCGAGGGGUGCGCGAGGAUCGCGGCGACGCUCGGGAAGCUCGAGAUCGAGCGUUCGUGAAGGUGCGACGUGAUGGUAGUAUUACAUAAACCGUCGUCGGUGUAUAAUCAGCCUGUUAAUGUAAGGUGAAGUAGACAUAAUUG